AUGAGUUCUGAAUCCAAGGGCUGGCUCCCAACAUCAUCUUCCAAUACUACCAGUACCUUCAUUCCCCCUGCAAAACAAUGUUUACAACAACAACUUCAGAAACCAGCAAAACCUACUAUCACAUCUCCAAUGGAAAGACAACUUCCAGAAAAACAAGUGCUUGCAGACCUCAAAGCAGCAAUACAAGCAAGACUCAACCUUACAGAUGAUAAUCAAGCCAGCCUAAGCUUAGAGCACUGUGCAGUCAUUCUUGAAGCUCUACAAAAUCCUCAAUCAAAUACUAUCAUAGGUCGCUUUGUCAUUGUCAUUGAGCGAUACCUGACACCCUUCAAGGUCAUCAUUGGUAUCACACCUGCAGAGUACACAGCAGUAUUAGCAUUUACAUCUGAAGAGAGAGAUUUUGAAGUUCAAGCAAAAUUCACCUAUUUUGAGGACACCCAAGAACUUCAGAUCAUGCCUCCCCUCCCCAUUGUUAAGAACGUGCUCAAGGGUCGGAUCUGA